ACAACACCCACCCUCACUGCAGCACUGAGAAACAGCCGGGAUGUGGGGUUAUUUCAGAAGUAGCCACUGAGGGGAGCCGGCCACGGACUGCCCUCCCACGUUGCUAUGACGAUGAGACCGGCGGGCACACAGCAUUCAGAGCUAAGUGCUGGCUGAAGCAGGUGUCAGAUUGCGAUGAGCUUGGUGGCUCUGGGAUUACUCAGAGCCCCAGGAGUGUCUCUGGAAAGUCUGGCUGCAAUUCCUCCGCAUCCCUCCCCGACAGCUCCUCAACUCCGUCGGAUCGCGCAGAGUGAAAAUGGUCCACCACUCAGGCUCCAUUCAGUCCUUUAAACAGCAAAAAGGUAUGAAUAUAAGCAAAAGUGAGAUAACAACUGAAGCUUCAUUAAAACCAUCAAGAAGAUCCCUGCCUUGCCUGGCCCAGAGCUAUGCUCAUUCAAAAAGUUUGAGUCAAUCUGCUUCGCUCUUUCAGUCAACUGAGAGUGAAUCUCAGGCUCCAACUUCUGUAACAUUUCUUUCUGCCGAUAAGCCUGAACAUGUUACUUCUGAGGAAAGUAGAAAAGACUCUACCCUUAAGUGUUCCUUUGCUGACUUCAGCGAGUUUUGCUUGGCUCUGGGGAAAGACAAGGAUUACCUGAAUGAAUCUGAACAUGCCAACUAUGAUCGAUCUCGUCUCCUUAAUGACUUUGUUACCAAAGAUAAACCUGAAUCCAAGACAAAACUGUCUAAGAAUGACAUGAGUUACAUAGCAUCUAGUGGACUCUUAUUCAAAGAUGGCAAAAAGCGAAUUGAUUACAUCCUGGUUUAUCGAAAAACAAAUAUACAAUAUGAUAAAAGAAACACAUUUGAAAAGAACCUGAGAGCAGAAGGCUUGAUGUUGGAGAAGGAGCCAGCAAUUGCCAACCCCGAUAUCAUGUUUAUUAAAAUUCACAUUCCAUGGGACACACUGUGCAAGUACGCAGAGAGACUGAAUAUCAGGGUGCCCUUCAGGAAGAAAUGUUACUAUACUGACCAGAAGAACAAAUCAAAGAGCAGGGUACAAAACUAUUUCAAAAGAAUCAAAAAAUGGAUGUCCCAAAACCCAAUGGUCCUUGACAAGUCAGCGUUUCCAGAGCUGGAGGAGUCGGACUGCUACACUGGACCUUUCAGCAGAGCCAGGAUUCACCACUUUAUAAUAAACAAUAAGGACACCUUCUUCAGCAAUGCUACUCGAAGCAGGAUAGUUUAUCACAUGCUGGAACGCACCAAAUAUGAAAAUGGAAUAUCAAAAGUGGGUAUCCGUAAGCUUAUCACUAAUGGUUCAUACAUAGCAGCAUUUCCCCCACAUGAGGGAGCCUACAAGAGUAGCCUUCCAAUCAAAACCCAUGGACCUCAGAAUAACAGACAUCUGUUGUAUGAGCGCUGGGCACGCUGGGGAAUGUGGUACAAGCAUCAGCCUCUGGACUUAAUCAGGAUGUACUUUGGUGAGAAGAUUGGCUUAUACUUCGCCUGGCUGGGAUGGUACACUGGAAUGCUGAUUCCUGCUGCAGUUGUUGGCCUGUGUGUUUUCUUCUAUGGAUUAGUUACAAUGAACGAAAGCCAAGUAAGCAAAGAAAUUUGUAAAGCCACUGAAGUCUUCAUGUGUCCUCUAUGUGAUAAGAAUUGCUCACUGCAGAGACUCAAUGACAGCUGCAUCUAUGCCAAGGUAACAUAUUUGUUUGAUAAUGGAGGGACAGUUUUCUUCGCUAUUUUUAUGGCAAUAUGGGCCACAGUCUUUCUUGAGUUUUGGAAAAGGAGAAGAAGCAUACUGACUUACACUUGGGACCUUAUUGAAUGGGAAGAAGAGGAGGAAACACUUCGCCCCCAGUUUGAAGCUAAAUAUUACAGGAUGGAGGUAAUAAACCCCAUCACAGGGAAGCCCGAGCCUCAUCAGCCUUCAUCCGACAAAGUCACGCGACUUCUUGUGUCUGUCUCAGGAAUCUUCUUCAUGAUCUCCUUGGUCAUCACAGCAGUAUUCGCAGUUGUAGUGUACCGUCUGGUAGUCAUGGAACAGUUUGCAUCAUUCAAGUGGAAUUUCGUCAAACAGCACUGGCAGUUUGCUACAUCUGGUGCUGCUGUCUGUAUCAAUUUCAUAAUCAUCAUGCUGCUGAAUCUUGCUUAUGAAAAAAUUGCAUACCUCCUCACUAACUUAGAAUAUCCUCGAACAGAAUCAGAAUGGGAAAACAGCUUUGCCUUGAAGAUGUUCCUUUUCCAGUUUGUCAACCUGAACAGUUCUAUCUUCUAUAUUGCAUUCUUUUUGGGAAGAUUCGUAGGCCACCCAGGAAAAUACAAUAAACUUUUUGAGCGGUGGAGACUGGAGGAAUGCCAUCCUAGUGGCUGUCUGAUAGACCUCUGCCUCCAGAUGGGAGUCAUCAUGUUUUUGAAGCAAAUAUGGAACAACUUCAUGGAGCUGGGAUAUCCGUUAAUCCAAAACUGGUGGUCACGACACAAAAUCAAAAGGGGAAUACAGGAUGCCUCCAUACCACAAUGGGAAAAUGACUGGAAUCUUCAGCCUAUGAACAUUCAUGGGCUUAUGGAUGAGUACUUAGAAAUGGUUUUGCAAUUUGGUUUCACUACCAUCUUUGUUGCUGCUUUUCCCCUGGCCCCUCUUUUGGCUUUGUUAAACAAUAUCAUAGAAAUCAGAUUGGAUGCAUAUAAAUUUGUGACCCAGUGGAGGAGGCCUCUGCCAGCCCGAGCCACUGACAUAGGUAUCUGGCUUGGAAUUCUUGAGGGAAUUGGCAUAUUGGCUGUGAUCACCAAUGCAUUUGUAAUUGCUAUUACAUCUGAUUACAUCCCACGUUUUGUCUAUGAAUACAAAUAUGGACCUUGUGCAAAUCAUGUGAAGCAGAAUGAAAAUUGCCUAAAGGGCUAUGUCAACAAUAGCUUAUCCUUCUUUGACCUGAGUGAACUUGGUAUGGGAAAAUCUGGUUACUGCAGGUACCGAGACUACAGAGGGCCCCCUUGGAGUUCCAAACCCUAUGAAUUCACCUUGCAGUACUGGCACAUCCUGGCUGCUCGACUGGCCUUCAUUAUUGUGUUUGAGCAUCUUGUUUUUGGCAUUAAGUCAUUCAUUGCAUACCUGAUUCCUGAUAUACCAAAGGGCCUCCGUGAGCGCAUACGGCGAGAGAAAUACUUGGUCCAAGAAAUGAUGUAUGAGGCUGAACUGGAACAUUUACAACAACAGAGAAGAAAAAGUGGUCAGCCUAUUCACCAUGAAUGGCCUUAGGCAGUACCUGUUACCCCACAGGGGAGGUACCACAGGAAUGCGACUCUCGGAAGGCAGAUGGGAUCCAAUAGAAAGGCAUACGUGGCAAACUAUAUUGUAAAAUGCUACUCGGAAAGAUAUCACAGCAGCCUAUGGGAGUUAGAAUGUUCAGACUUCUAAGGAAAGAAAAGACUUGUGACCUCCAAAGGGCUGCAACUGAAUGGCAGGGAGCCAGGCUCUGAUUCUCAGAGAAAGCCUUCCAGGGAGUUCUGCGUUUUGAGGCCAUUCUGUUCCAAUAGCUGCAGAACAAAUAGGAAACAUAGUGGUGAAAUUUCCAGGGACAAAUUUCAACAUAAAUGUUCAUAAACUGGAAUUACUAAUUGGAUUCUAAGAUUUACAGAUAAGCUCAGAUAUUCCCAAGAAAUGAGUUAAAUCAGUUGUUGGCUCUGAUGUAAGAACCCCAUGUUCCUUCAGCUUCCAGGUUUGUGGAAUCGUCUUUGUCUCGUUGAUAUAACAAGUGUAUGCACAUGCCAUUUAUGCUGCUCUAUGUCGACUAUGCACUUGAAGAGCUGAACAUCACUACAGUAGUCAAACCAAAUAUCCAAGUUCCCCAAAAGAGCAUCACUGGAAUAAUUCUAUUAUAUUGGCUGUGUUCAAGUCUUCUUUAUCACCCAGAGCCAAGUGCAAUGCCCAUUUUUGUUAACAAAUGCCAAUAGCUCCACUUCGAGUAUUUGAAUGGCUAUUAUUGUAUCAUUGGAACAUGACUAAUUCAUAUUUUAUUGCAGAAGUCUAUCUUCUAUUCUAUUCUACAUGCUCCUCUCUGAAUGAUUACAAGUCUCACAGAUUGCUAUGUUGAAACUCUGUAAAUAUGCCACUGUUCCUUAUAUAUUUGCACUUUACACUAUGUAAUCAGAGUUCCAGCCUAUGGAGCUCUAAGACCAGUUACACAGAAUGCUACUGUAAUCUGUUCAUUCAGGAAAUCUGAAGCCAAAUGUUCUGCAAUACUUAUGCUUUUUCUAUAAUGUGCAUUCUCAACUAUGAGCUAAUGAAAACAAUGCAUGCAUGGAGUAUAUUAUUUACAUAAAACAUCUUUCUUCGUUUCAUUUUUUCAUCAUGGAAGGGAGAUUUCUGGUUUUUUGAUGAGUUGACUUUAUCUAGUUUCAAAACUCUCUAGAAACUAAGUCAAUUUAAUUGUGAAGAUCAUUAAUUGUUAUAGAAUCCUUAUUUGAAUGUCAACUUUAUCCCAUAUUGAUGGAGCACAAGUGAAGGAAUAUUCAACUAAGAGAAUCUCAAAGGAAGCAUUAAUUAAGGGGGCUAAAUACAGAGAAAGUCAGGGAGUGUAAGGGGGCUAAAUACAGAGAAAGUCAGGGAGUGUAAGGGGGNUAAAUACAGAGAAAGUCAGGGAGUGUAAGGGGGCUAAAUACAGAGAAAGUCAGGGAGUGUAAGGGGGGCUAAAUACAGAGAAAGUCAGGGAGUGAAGGAGCAGGGUAUAUUGUAGAAAUCAGCACACAUCCUUUGUAAAACAGAAAUAUCCAAGCUUUUUUCUCUGUAAAUGCUGGGUGAAAUUACACAGAGAACGCAUAAGCAUAUAGCACACACGUGCAGAACACAUAAACACACACACACACAUACAGAAAACACAUAAACACAGAGAGAACACAAUCACACAGAGAACACAUAAACACACAGAGAGAACACAUAAACACGUGGUUGUUACGAUUUCUAUUAUUUGUGAGUUUGAUAUUGUUUAAAUAAGUAAAACAAAAAUAUUUAUAAAGCGAAAAAUAUUAUACACACGCACACACACACACACACACACACAAACUACUUUGCACACAUAUUCAUGAUUCUUAAUCAAAGAAACCCUUUUCACUUAUUGGAAGUACACUGACCCAGUUCUAACACUUAGAAAGCUCUGUUUACUUGAUUUUGGUUGCUUUAUAGUUUCUGCCAAGGGUAUUCACUUCUCUACUUUCCCUGUAGUUCUGAGCCAGGCAAACAGCCUGGGACUCUAAUGUCUUCCAUAUGAUCUGGGGAUGUAGCUCAGUGGUAGUGUGUGUAGCAUGCUUGUGGAACACAUAAACUCAACUAUCUGCACCACAAAAUAAACAAACAAAUAAAAUAAAUGUAAAUAAAAUGAAGUAUGAAGUGAAUUCCAACGCAAAUCCUUGUUCCUGGAGCUCUUCUACUACAGAUAGAAUGGCUGAUUUCAUCAAUUAACAAAUAGGAUUUUCAGCUCCUCUGGGAGCAUUUGUGCUCCAUUUUCUUCAUUAAUAAUAUGACAUACCUAAGCAUAUUUUGUUUACUUAACAUUUACAUCUUUUCCAAAUUUGGGAUGCAAGAUAGACAUGUGUCUUACAGUAGGAUAUACAAUCACCACCUUUUCCUUGAGAAUUCUUUUUCUAGGGUUUUCUAUACACCAAUGGGGUUUGAAUAAUAUUGAUUGAUAUGAACAGAGAAAGAUAUUUUAAUAAACAUCAUAGAAUAUUAAUUUAGAAAAUAUCUUUGCUGAUAUUUUUGAGAUGGAUAGGAGAAAAGAGAACCAAAAAAAAUUUUUAUCUAGUGUAUUUGUUUCUUAAAGAGUGCAGGACAAUCAAACUUUGUUUCGUCAUCACUGAUAGCAAAACACAGACAGCCCCUCACAGUAUGUUAGCUUUAUUAGAUCACACUACUUAAGUUGAGAGAAAUGUUUUAUAUGUGUUUUUCAUAUGAAUAUAAAUUCUUUCUUGAAGAUUUAUAGCACACACUAUUCUCAGGAAUUCUGUAUGAUGUGAAUGCUGCUCAUAUAUUUUCAUAUUCUCACUUGUUGUCUUUUUAUGCUAACAACUAUGGAUACAUGCAUGCAGUCUGCCUUGACAAGUUGUAUAAACCAUUCUGAGUCUUAAUUGUAAUAGUUCUCAAUCAUCUGAGUCUGUGUAUGCACUUUUAGGUGAGCCACUGCUGCCUGGCUGCAUGAUGAGAUUCAACUUGAAUGCUAAAUGAUUCUUGGCACAAUACAAUGGAAUGAGUAGAAACUUUUUUCACUCAAUAAAUUAUCAUUUUUACUAUAAU